CCCAUUAUCAGACAGAAUUGAAGCUCGCCGGAGAUGGCCGACUUGUUACGAUUGUUCUGCCUCUCUACAUAGUGAAAAUGGACGCAAAAUAUGGAGUGUUAUAUGCAUUUGCAGUUUGUUUUCAUUGCUCUGAUGCAGCACUACAGAAGAACUUACCUGAAGAGUUUGGAUGUGUUGGAAUUGAUAAAGUAAUACCAUUUUUUGAGAGUGAUGUUGCACAAGUGUCAAGCUUUGUAUAUAGGGUGACUGUGUCAGGGUCAUCGCCUCUUUCAAUUCUGCGCUAUAUAGUAACAAGUAGCAGUGAAAUUAUACUGAAUAACUUCAAUGCUGCCUAUGGCUCUCAACAUGAUGGAAGAAUAGCGCUAACAAACCCAACUAGUAAUAACUCUGGAAUAUACAGAAUAGAAGUGGCAUACACACUUGCAUCUGGAAUAGCAGCCGAUUUUACCGAAGUGACUGUAACAAUCUCAAAUAACCCAACUGCCAGUUUAAGAUAUGAGGAUGGUACGUGCAAGUUCGAUGGAGGGACAACAGAAAACCUUGUCUUGAAAGAAGAGGUAAAUGGAACUGUCAAAUAUUGUUGUGUGUCUGGGGCUGCCGCUGCCUGUAUAAACGGUUCCACUGGGACAUCAUACUGCAUUGAAGGAACAUCCGAAGAUUGCAAAUGUGACUGUUGUAUCCAUAAAAUUGUGUGGAUAGUCGUCUCCAUUGUCUUUAGUCUCCCAUCAAUAGGCUGGACUUUAUUCGUACUUAAAGAUGCUAGAAGAAAACAAUGGCUAAAAAAUAACUUGGGGGAGCAAGCCCACCUUUGCAUGAUUGGUUGGGUAGUUUUGAAUCUGGUGUACAGCAUUAUUGCAGCCAUCCUCUUUUUCGUCCUAGUUUGCAAAAAAAACUGUUGUGAAAGAGAAUGUGACUGUGUUUGCAAUUGUUGGCCUAUAUACAUCAUAAUCGGAUAUGUGUUAAAGGCAGGAGAUGUGAUAGUGGAUAUCAUUGGAGGAAUUGCCUUUGAGAAAGGAUGCCGAUGUUGUGCACCAUGCUGUUCAUGGUGUAGUGGACAAUGCACAGCAGCAUGUUACUGUUGUGACAGAUGCCGAUGUUGUGCACCAUGCUGUUCAUGUUGUUGUGGAAUAGGCACAACAGCAUGUUUCUGUUGUGACAGAUGCCGAUGUUGUGCACCAUGCUGUUUAUGGUGUUGUGGACAAUGCACAGCAGCAUGUUUCUGUUGUGACAGUGAUGAGGAUGAUGAUGAGAAUCCUCAGCAUGGGAUGAGUAACAAGAAAAGGGGCCGUACUGCUGCUGCAAGCAACACAGUUCCGAUGUCAGGAGUCCAUGUCCAUGCUACAAAGGAACCAAAAGAUGCAAAACACAAGGAAGCAAUGGAUAGCCAUAGUUCUGGGUCUGCAGUGUCAAGGAAUGAUAUAUACCCUCAUUUAAAUGAGACAGCUUCUGAAAAGCCAUUAAGACAACAGCCUUUGCCUCCAGUUGGUGGACAGAAAGGACAUGGAAGAGGGUUGUCUGCAAAUUUUGGGGACAAUAAUGAUACCAUGCCAGCUGUAGAUACUAAGAGACUGCCACCUGUGAUGGAUAGGAAUGAAGAUACAGAGGUUAAGAAGAAGAAAAAGAAGAAGAAAAAGAACAAGGAAGAGAGAGAACAAGACUAGCUAGUGGUGAUCAUGAUGGUUCUGACUUAUUUGAAAAAUAAGUUUGAUAGUCUGCAUGCUGUGAUAUAACUUAUGAUGAUCAUCGGAUACAUAAAUAUUAAUAGAUAUUAUACUGGUAGAAUAUACAUGAUGCAUAAUAAGCAAUCGAAUAAAUGGCUCAUCCAAUUCUAAUAUUUAACAGUUUUCAUUCAUAUUUACAGAAAUAUCUUAAAAUGAAUUGAAUAUUGGAAAUAUAAUUUAUUGAGAUAAAUAUAUAACAACAUCUGCUUUCAAUGUUAUCCAUUAGAUAUGUUUGGCAUAAAAAAUGUAGGUAAACAUUAAAAACCUUGCAAAUUAAAAACAUGUUUGCAUUGGUAUUUAUAUCUUAUUUUCAACCUUGAAAAACAGCUUUUAAAUUAACAAAUUAUCAAUUGUCAUUGUGCAAUUCAAUGCAUAUUUUGUUAUAUUCAUUGUGCCUGAGCAUAAUAGGGUUGGUAAUUGAUAUCUCUCUCCAGCACAGUAAUGACAACAAUUAAAAUUGUGCUUAAGAUAAUUCCUAAACAUAAACUUAUUCACCAAGAUAGAAGUUAAGACAAUGCCAGAGCAUUUUGUACAUGUAAAUUAAAUAAUAUUCUUAAUAUAAAUCCUUGGUAAAAAGCCAUGCUGCAUGGUAUAUAACUGAAAAAAAUAUAUGUAUAUACGGUAUUUUAGUCUGAAUUGUUCAUGUUUUAUAUUAAAGAGUUGGAGAAACUCUGCUACCAAAUUCAUAAUGAUUUAUUCUAAUAUAUUUAUUCCUGUCUAACACAUAGGGGUAAGACAUAAGUCACAAUUAAAAAUACACAAUAAUCAAACAAAUGAGGACAAUAAGGUGUGUUAAAACAAUAUAUCUAUAACAAUAACACAACAUAUAUAAUGAUUUCACAACAACAAUUAAACACAUUAAAAUGAUGGUGCACCAUGCAUUCCAUUGCAUUCAUGAUGUCAACUUCCUCAAUUUAGUUAUUUUUUAUGCUUUAAAAUCACAUGUAAAAAAUCAAGGUCAAGUAAAGAAUAGGUUGACAAUUUAAGUGCCAUACCGAGAAGUAAUUAAAAUGUGAUAUUUAUGCCAAUAAAAAUAAUGGGACAAACGCUUCUGCAACUUCCUCAUUGAUCAUAUAACACUGACAGUCUAUUUAUUCAUAUUUGUAAAACCUCUCCUAAAUACAUCUUGAGUACAAAACAUAAAAUGUGGAGUCAUAAUGUAGAUCGUCUGUCUGGUCGCGUGAUUGUGUGGAAUUCCCCUAUCUAUUCCAUAACAAAGAGUGAUUGAUUAUGCAUACGUAAUAUCUGCAAUAUUCCCCCACAGAAUGUCUGAUAAGGUUGUUAUUGACUGUAUGAAGAGAUUAUUGAAAAAGCAUUGUAAUAUUAUUAUUAUUGACUUCUAGUUAUUAGUUUAGUAUCCAAGUGUAUAAUAUAUCGUCAUGUAUUUAUUUCCUAUACAGACAUUCGUGUAUUUCAUAUCGUGAUGAGCAAGAGCAUUUUAUACCAAGAGCAUAAUAAUCAUUUUAAUCUUCCUAUAGUCUGUUAGUGCCUCACGUCAUUACUUUUGUACAUUUAAUGUUUUUUGUCAUUCAGAUCUAUUUAUAGUUUUAGCUAAUCUAGUUAUUGUCUAGCCUUUGGUCGUUGUCUGCGAUAAGUGCGUUAAUUAACAAUACGUGCUAUAUAUUCGAAUGAAACUUGAACUUGGUAUGUAUGUUGCUCAAGACAAUAUACACAAGUAUGUCAAGGCCCAUAACUCUGGUUUUAAUAAUUGUAGAGCAAUGAACAUUUUCAAUUGAAAUCAAUAUACGAGUGUUUGGUUCCCUCUCAUUAGCUUUGUAAAACAUUGAUCCAUCAUCCAUCCACAAGAUCUUAGAGGUCUGUAUGCUCAUUUCUUGCUGUGCUAAAAAGUAUUUUUCAGUUUCAAAUGUUAUUUUGUAUGCCUAUAUGUUAUUUAUAAAUGAUAACAAUCGUGUACAGAUUAUAAUGCAUUGUUUUGUGCCAUAGUUGCUACAUACACUAGAGUCCUUAUUAUGUUAUGUAUCAAGUCAUGUUUCAUAUUUCAGAUUCUUCUGAGAAUACCUUUAAUUGUGUUUUAAUGCAGUGAAUAAGUGUCCAUGUUUAUACGAUGAUAAUCAAUACGAUUGAUAGCUGCUGUUCUUCAAUGUAUCCAAGAACUCCAGCAAUGCAUUAAGUUGUUACAAUCGAUGUGUUUUCAUACAUUACUUUAUCUGUGCUGCUAUAAGUAGCUGUUUUAUUUAGAAUGUUAAAUGUUAAAAACAUAUAGUUAGAUACAGAAUUAUAUAACCAAGAAAACCAGGAGAAAUGAUACAUUUCUAGAAAAGUAUAGUUAAUCUUUUUACAUUGUGCAACAAUGAUUUAAGUAUAUGAUUACUGUUUUGAAUUUAAUAUUUUUUACUUUGUACAAGAAUUGUUUGCAUUGUACAAGAAUUGUUAAAGUGUUUGCCUAUAUAUUUCUGUGCUGAUUAUGGCCAGAAAACAUAUGCUUAUUUGGUGCCAUAAUUCUCUUUAACAAAUUGUGUAACAUAUAUCAAUGUAUUUAAAAGUUUAAAGUUGACUGUGUAAGUUUGUUAUUGGUGUUAAAAUUUAUUAUUUGCUGUACAUGUUUUAAAUGUUUUAAUGCCUUACAUGUUGUUUUAUAGCUUUUUGAAAGAAAACUAAACACAAUUUAUUAAAGGCAUAAUAAUUUUGUCAUAAACCAUUAUGCUUCACUUUAAAAUGAUAUACAACAUGUAAAGUAGUAUACUAUUUGUACAUUAAUCAUAGAGUUUAACAUUUUGUGAGCAAAAAUAAUUCAAUAAGAAUUUAUCAGAUUAUGUCGUAUGAAAUAGGAUAUGAUAGGUCAAUGCAUAAUGUGCAUGUGAUUUAUUAAAUGUCAAUUAAAGACAAUUGAAAUAGUAUCAGCUUGCCACAACCUAAAGUAUCUCAGUGCCAUAAAUAUUUACCCAGUGUCUUGACGAUAUGGAAAAAAUCACACCAAUGUUAACCCCUUAGACUUGAAAAUAUGUUAUAAGUCUGGCCUGUAAAUCAAUGAGAUACUCUUAUACAUUAUAAACAGUUGAAACCAAUUGCAUUGUAGUAAACGUUGAUUAUAAUGAUUGAAAGAUAUUCGAAAAGAUACAAAGUAUGUUAGUAACCCAUUAUAAUAUGAUUGGGAAGUUUCAUCCAACAAUUAGUGAUAAUUCAAGUGUUUGAUAAAUAGUACACAGUGCAGCAUACUUAAACUUGACAGAAGUGAAACGCCCUAUCUUACUGGUGCAGAAAUAUCAUCUCAAUAGUGCAGUAUUAUCUGAUAUAAACAUGCAUGUUUUAUACUAACAAAAUAUAGUCAUGCUGUUAUGUUAAUUAUACCGUUACUUUUGUUAAUUUCGAACGUUACGUUUGUUUAUACACUGAUUGCACUGAACGAAAAUGCAUUUGGUUAAGUUGCCCUGUUUAUUUCAUCCAGGAAGUAAUUUGAUAUGCCUGCAAUUUGUAGUAAAGAAUGCAUUCGUUGUGCAGCAGAAAUUGUGCACAAAUUCAAUAGCUUGUGGGAAUGUUUGGGGGGUUUCCCCACAAUAAGAAGAGCCAAUGAAAAAUGCUCCUUCGAUCUGAAUACCUUCAAUAUCUGAUUUCAUGCCAGGAUUAUAUUCAGCAGGUUUACUGCAUCUCUCGAGUAUGCUUUUAAAAUACAAUGUUUGAAUACCCUAUCAGUGAUUUAUAGAGGUGAUCGUUUUGGUACUUGUUUUGCAUGUAGUAAGCUCUUUAUCAAUUGACAUGAUAAAGCAUAUUUUCUAUCUAGCUAUUCAUUUAACCCUUACAUCAAAUAUAACAUUUAAUAUGACCAUGGAAUUACGUUAAAAAGAAAAUAACUAAACAUACAUUGAUAAAUUUUCGAAAAUAACCUUUUCUGUAGAAUGACCCAUGUAUGUAUGUAUGUAUGUAUGUAUGUACUGUCUCUGUCAAAUGUACAAUACAUAUCUAUUGCAUGUUGUUCGGUAAUUGUGUGUAGUUCCUGUUUUAAAAUGCUUUUAUAAAUCAAAACAUUACAGUUCUUUUUUAUGAAUGGAGAAUUGUGUUGAGUGCUACCAUGUUUGUUUUCAUUGUGCCAUAGUUACGUGAAUCUGUGUCAUAACGUAAUGUGUUUGUUUAUUGCCUUGGGAGAGUACGUGCUCAGAGACAUAAAAACAUGAAACCAUCUUCAAUAACACUUGAAUUGAUUUUAGAUCCAAAGCGUUUAAAUGAGCAUACAAAUAUGGCAUUUAAAGAUUGCCCAUUGCAGUCUAUAUAGGUGUCUAUAUAAUUAUCAAGGUUUUGGUUAUUGCUACAAUGUUUUCGAGAAAUUGGUUUGAUUAUUUGCAGUGCAAUUAGUAUUUUAAUCAUUUAUAUACGCAUAAGGUUGUUUAUAUUGUAUUAAAUGCUUUUGUUUUCUAUGUAAUUGGUAUAAAUGAUUCUUGAAUAAAAGUUGUCUUUG